AUUUAGCAAAUUAAUCAGUACUGUUGAUGCCUGAAUAUGCAGAAUAUCGAUCACUUCAUAUGCUUUUGUAUUGUGAUAUAUUUUGGAAGAAUAUUGACAGCACUCCUUUCUAAUGGAGAACAUGUUUGCAGCCGACAGGAUGGCGAGUUAUACUGCUGCUAUAAUUAUGUUGAGAUCGGUAGCAUUUGCAAAGAAUGUCCAUAUGGAACCUUUUCUGAUAAUGGAAUGACUUGUGAACUUUGUCCUUUGAAUACAUAUGGAAGGCAAUGCGUCGAUACCUGUUAUUGUAACGCUUCUGAAAGGUGUGAUUCGGCUAUUGGAUGUGUGCCUCAUAGAACAGAGUCAAGUAAUAUUUCUAAAGGUGCGGUAACAAGAGAAAAUAACGAUGUGUUCUCAGGUGAGAACACUACUGAGUCAGAAUAUCAAACUUUACCAACUCACUUAUUUACUGGGAAAAUUCUUUUUUAUUUGGUAGCAAUAUGUGGCGUAGUUAUAUUGCUUCUAUUUUGCAUCAUCUUUCUACUACUUUUGAAGUACAGAAAUAAAAAUAAAAAUGAAAGAAAUCAAACUGUUCAGAUCAAUUGUGAUGACAUACAGAGAAAUCAGAGGGACCAUUCGGAAAAUGAUCAGAAUUUCUAUAAUGAAAUUGAUGAAACUCUGAGUUUUAUUGAUAGGAAUUCAUAUAUCAGCGUGAAUGACAAUUCAUCUGUUAAAAGUUCCAUAGAAUUGGCCAAUGCUGGUGAUGAUUAUUUAAUUCCUUUUCAUUCAGGAUCUCCACAAUUCCAUAUUAAAUGCAGCGUGAACCAAAAAAUUACUGAUACAGAUUUUACUAACAAUAUUAACAGUGUAAUUAGCAGCGAUGAUGAAGAAGUUGACGAGGAUGAUAUGACGUCUUCUUCAAGUAAGACUGUGGAACAUUUAGCUUCGUAUCAAUCACUCACAGAGCAGACAGACGUGCAUGAUUAUGAAAGAAACUAAGCGAAAAAUUCGGUCAAAUAAUUUAAUAUAUUGAUGUAGAAUGUUUUUAAUUCAUACUGAAUGCAUAUACUAUACAACUUACUGCACUUUUGGACUAUGCAUGUUAGGUUUGGGAUAAUUGCGGGAAAGUUAAUAUUAGGAAACUUGAAAAGAUACAGUUCUAAGCUGCAACAAUUGUCAAAUGAUUUGCAGUUUGUACCAAAAGAUUUUAAUCGAUUGAUAAGUUGUUUUUUUAAUGCCACUUCAACGCUAUUGAUCUUUAAGCAGCGGUCAGUUUUUAAUUGGUAGAGGAAGUCGGAGUGCCCGGAGAGAACCACCGACCUUCGGCAGGAAAACUAACAAUCCUAGUGACUGAAGAUUGGAGUCGAGCGCACCUGCUACGUGCGGUGUUCAAACUCACAACCUCAGUGUUGACAGGCUAGUGAUAUAGUUGUUGGACUUCUUAGACCACUUGGCAUCCAAGAGAAAAUAUAUACAAUGAAAUUGGACGAAAGACGCUGCAGAAAAGAAGUAACAGAAAAAAUUUCAAUUGUUUUAAAACAUUAGUCAUAACCCACCUCCGACUUAUUGAUCAUAUCUAUUUCCGCGAUUAUUUAAUGCACUACUUAUUAUGUCUUAGAAAUGAGGAUGAUAUAAUUGUUCUAUUUUGUAGGCUAUUAUUAAGCCAAAUUUCCAAAAUUCCUUCUUCAAUCAGAUAAUAAAAUAAAUUGAACCUCUCCAUUCCUAAUGAUGAAUAUAUUUCAAUAUUUAAAAGAAAACUGAAAAUAUAUAUCUCCUGCCACCUCAUUUUGCAAGUGGUUAAAGCAAAUGAAAUGUCGUCCAACGCCUUACAGUGAACGUAAGUUGUUAAUAUACACGUCAUUUAAUCCCUGGUGGAUAAUUAGCAAUUAUACCACAUAUUUUGAUUUUCAUAUCAAUAUAAUACGAACUUAGUAUAAUUGUAUAAAGUUCGAGAUUGCAUGUUAGUUACGUAAGCGCGUCACUGUUUUUGAUAUUCUGUGGUUUCUGUCGUUGAUGGAAUAUGUUCGUUGUUGUUCUACGGUUUGCAUGUUGUGUCGACUAUUAUAUAUUUGUUUGUGCGUUUCACUGUGAUGAAUGUUCUUACGUGUAUUUCUGUCACGUAGUAUUGUCAUUUUAGCGAUAUUUUGUAACAUUGUCAUAAAGCGGGAGGUUUGGCUAGCCAUUAAACCAGGUUCAACCCACCAUUUUUUUUUAAAUGUCCUCUACCAAGUCAGGAAUAUGGCAGUUGUUAUCAAAUAGAUCGUUUCUAUGUAUGUUGGCGUUUGAUUUUGUUGCACUUCACUAAUCCUGUUGUUCAUUUGUUUUCAUCUUAUAGUUGAUGUGUUUCCCUCGGUUUUAGUUUGUAACAUGGAUUUGUUUUCUCUCAAUCGAUUUAUGAUUUUUGAACACCGGUAUACUACUGUUGCCUUUAUUUAGUCCAUAUAUCAUGCUUCAUUCUUGAAUUAUGAUAUGCAUAGAAUGAAUAUUAUAGCAAACCCAAAUCGAAAAAAUUAAUUUUGUAAAACAUCUUAAUUCUGAAAUAUAUAUUUUAAACUAUAAUAUAUGUAUAGCUUCCAUAGUAUCUUUCAAUAAAGAAUGACCUAUACUUUUGAGAAUGACGAAGAAGAAAUUAUAAAAGGAUAAAAAUAACAGAUUUAAAUUCGGAUUUUUAGCAACAGUUUAAAUGUUCUCCGCAAAAAUAUGUCUUGAUUACAGCAUUCACGACAGGUAACAAGAAUUGGUUUGCUUUUGUUAUAUUUGUACGAGCCCACAUUAUUAUGAAAACACAAAGGUAGCUACAAUUACAAAUUGAACAAGAAACGAAACACAUAUAACAAUAUUAUAUAUAUAACAUAUAUCUUGGUGUAGAUAAUUGUUAGCUAUGUAAAUUGAGACUCAAUUAUGUAAUUCCUGGUUUUUAUAAUAAAUAUUAUUUAAGUAUUGUAAGACAUGGGUCCUAACAGAUAUUGGCCACGUCAUGAGGAUUACUGAAAAAAAAUAUGUUCCUUUCUAGUAUUAGAAAUUUACUGGAAGUUUUGUACUUUGCGAUAGGAAUUUUGUUAAUAGUAUUAUUAUUGGGGUUUUUCACUUAUUGUUUCCUGUUUUUCCUUAAUUUCCAAAUAAAAUGACGUUCAUGUUUAAAAA